GCGGCGACUGGAAGUCCCAAACAUCGUGCAGAUCACCUUCACUCCAGCACACAUUAUAAAAAGAAUAUGGCACAAGUCGAAUCCAAUGCGCGGGGCAUCCCGAAAGCUCCCUUUGUGGAUAAGGUGGAAGAGUACACGACCGUAGGAGAGGUUGAGACCACCUUGCGCAAGUUCCAGGAAAUGAUUUCCAAGUACAAGUACAUGGAAAUCCACCUUUUGCAACGGAAAAAGAGCCUUGAGACCAAAAUUCCCGAGAUAAAGAAAACUCUAGAGAUGGUGCAAUUUCUGAUUUCCAACCAGGAUUCAUCAACACCACUCGAAACGCACUAUGAGCUGAACGACACCUUAUGGGCCAAAGCCAAAAUAAACCCAUCAAAAACCAAAACCGUUAAUCUCUGGCUCGGGGCAAAUGUCAUGUUGGAAUACUCGACAGCGGAAGCAAAGGACUUGUUGCAAAGUAAACUCGACAGCGCGAAAACGAGUUUAGAACAGGUGGAUGAGGAUCUAGAAUUUUUGAGGGAUCAGAUUACGACGAUGGAGGUGAACACAGCAAGAGUGUAUAACUUUGACGUGAAAUUGAGGAGGAAGCAGAAAGAGAGCGGAGCCGGAAAGGAAUAAACAUGUGCGGUUGCUGGCAAAUGUCAGAUUUUGUGUGGUAGUAAUUAUGAUAAUUGUGUAAUCCCGUAGUUGGGUCUAUCUUCUUCGUCGAAAGGGUGAAUGCGUAGCAGCUCCCUGUCUUUAGAUUAAUCAGCCGGUUAUUGCCGCCCGAAGCCCGUCCACCAUCAGUAUACCUAAUCCCACCGUACUCGC